AUGAUACAUCUCUCUCUCCAGGGUGAUGUGGAGGAAGACGAGGCUGUGCCGGACAGUGAGCAGGACAUCAAGCCCCGCUUCCACAAGUCUCGCACCGUCACCCUGCAGCACGAGGGAGGAGAGGGCGAGGAGGGGGAGGACAUCGAUGAAGACGACGACGAUGAUGACGAUACAUUAUCUGACUGGAACCUACGCAAGUGUUCGGCGGCGGCGCUGGAUGUGCUGGCCAAUGUGUUCCGGGACGAGCUGCUGCCUCACCUGCUGCCCCUGCUCAAGGGCCUUCUCUUCUCCCCUGACUGGGUCAUCAAGGAGUCUGGCAUCCUGGUGCUGGGGGCCAUCGCUGAGGGCUGUAUGCAGGGCAUGGUGCCCUACCUUCCGGAGCUCCUCCCCCACCUCAUUGCGUGCCUGUGUGACAAGAAGGCCCUGGUGCGCUCCAUCGCCUGCUGGACUCUGUCCCGCUACGCCCACUGGGUGGUCAGCCAGCCCCCAGACUCCCACCUCAAACCCCUGAUGACCGAGCUGCUCAAGAGGAUACUGGACGGCAACAAGAGGGUGCAGGAGGCCGCCUGCAGUGCAUUUGCCACCCUGGAGGAGGAGGCGUGUACAGAGCUGGUCCCCUACCUCAGCUUCAUCCUGGACACGCUGGUGUUCGCCUUCGGCAAGUACCAACACAAGAACCUGCUCAUCCUCUACGACGCCAUCGGAACGCUCGCCGACUCCGUAGGACAUCACCUCAACCAGCCUGAGUACAUCCAGAAGCUGAUGCCUCCCCUCAUUGCCAAAUGGAAUGAGCUGAAGGACGAGGACAAGGAUCUCUUUCCACUUCUGGAGUGUCUGUCGUCGGUGGCCACGGCCCUGCAAAGUGGCUUCCUGCCCUACUGUGAGCCUGUCUACCAGCGCUGUGUAACCCUAGUACAGAAGACCCUCGCUCAGGCCAUG